CAUAGCCAGCCCUACUCGGUAUUGCCAUGAACCGUGGCCCGCAACUGAUCGCUUUCACGCGUGCCCGGGAGGAAUCGGAUCUCUGGAGAGAUGGGCACGUUCAGAAAAAAAGCCACCAAGUCACCCCUGUUGUUGGCCAGGCGGAAGGGAACACAGGUGGAGAAACGGCACGUAGCUUCUAUGAGAGCCUGUUACUUUCAAGUGAUCCUGGAAAAGCCUCACAGAGGAAACGCAAGGUGCGUUCUGCGCGCCCGCCAGUCCAGGAAGCUCCUUGCACCCAGCACCAGCCUGCGCAGACAGACACCCGCAAAGGAAACCAGCUCUUGAAAGCUGCCCAAGAUGGGCACCUGAAGGCCAUGAAGACAUUGGUGGAGAAGGACAGGUGUGACGUGAACUUUAGAGACGAUUAUUAUUGGACAGCCACAAUGUGUGCGGCUUAUGCUGGGCAGGUGGAGGCUGUGAGGUACCUUCUGAGCCACGGCGCUGCCUGGGUGGGGGUUUGUGAGACGCAAGGCCGGGAUGCUGUGGAUUUGGCGGAAGAAGCGGGGCACCAGGAAGUGGUGGAAGUCCUCCAGGAAAGCGGAAGGCCCUGUGUGAAGCAGGAACCCUCCAGUUCACAGAUGCCACCGGAGAGAAAAUACUGUGCCGUGUGCCAGACUCACUACAACGAGGACACCGUGGCCCUCCACGAACGCUCCACCGCCCACCUUUUCAAUCGGCGCGACCCCCUGCCCCCGACGCGGUACCACAUCCCUGAGAACAACGUGGGCUUCCAGCUGAUGGUCAAGGGGGGCUGGGACCAGAAAGCCGGCUUGGGACCGGAGGGUACAGGCCGCAAGUUCCCGAUCCAGACAGUUCUCAAGCGGGAUCAGAAGGGCCUGGGCUUUCACAGCAACCUCAAGCCAAAGGUUACCCACUUCGAUGCCCAUGACCAAAGCGCUGUGGAGCAGCCCAGAGGCCAGUGGCCCAGGACGGAAAGGGCCGCCACUGUGGGGAAACGGGAGGCUCGGCGCCGGGAGGCCAAAGCUAAGGCUUGGGAACGCAACCUCCGCACUUACAUGAACCUUGACCUUUGAACUCUUGCUGGACAGCGGAGCGUUGUGAACCAGUUACACCUUCCU